UCAACCUACAUCACUGACAAGAGCGACAAGGAAAUAAAUCCAAUAAAACAUACGUGUGUCCAAUAUGGAUAUCAAUAAUCCGGAUAACACUGCAAUUGACCUCUCUAUCAGGACAUCAGUGUCCCUUCCUACGACGCCACCUGACUAUGUCAAUACUUUGGUGAGGCCCAUACCAAGACUGCCCUGGACAAUCACCUGGUAUCAAAGUGCCUGGUACAACAAUUACAUGCACGGCAACUCGGCCGAUUUAUCAGAACGCUUUGGAGAACACGGGCGUCGUAACCAUCACCACCACCACCCGAUGGAGGAGGAAGAGGACGAAGAAGAAGAGGAAGACGCAACAUUUUCAAAAACAGGAGCACGAUCCGAACUAGAUAUUACAUCCGGUUUGCAAUGUGAGGAAUUUUCAUCAAAAUGCACAACGGUGCAGUGUCACGAAGGGUCUGGGAAGAAGGACAUUGAUUGCGUGGAGUUGGAGAAGAUGAAUCCAACCCUGUUGGCUGCAGUGUUUGACGUUGCUUGUUGUGAUGGACCAGUCGUCUUCGAAAAGGUGUCAAACCCUAAUUUCGCCCUAACAGUGAAACACAGCGGCAGUAGUGAAUCUACCACCAGUAAUAUCGGAGGAGGGGAAUGUCAAAACAAGAACAAACCCCUUGAACAACAACGUCGUCAACUUGCUCUCAAGACGUAUCUGUGCAUUUACUGCAACCAGAGUUUCAAAAGUUUAUUUUGCUAUCAAAAACACAAAAAGAGACACUUGAAUCCGGUCUCGGUAGACAUUACAGCUACUCAUACCAGUGCGCAAAAUAAUCGAGUUCAGGUUCACUCGGAGAACAAGUCAAUGACCAAGGAUCUUAAUGUGCAAUUCUUCCCUUGUAAAAAGUGUGGUUCCAAGUUUCCGAGCUAUUAUUUUGUGCAUAAGCAUAGGAAAGUGUGUCAUGCCUUUGAUACGACAUAGUAAAGUAGCCUAUCUGUCUAGUAGAUUUUGUAAAUAAAAUAUGAAAAUGAAUUUCUAUAGAGGAACAUUUCCUUGGGGUGGUCUUUGUUGUUUUAUAACAAUUCAAACAACUGUUAGCCAUGCAUGGAGUGAUGCGAAAAAAUGUUAUUUUUAGAAAAAAAUGUUAUUUUUAGAAAAAAAUGUUAAUAUUCUAAACUAUUGCACAGAACGAAAUAUGAUGUUAUGUCAUUUAAAUUAGUUUGUAUCAGAGUCAGGACUUUUAUGAUAACUAGCAAGGUCGUAUGAGUAAUGGGAGUGGCUUGUCCAACUUACUGUGUAUACAUGUAUGUUUAUGUCUCCAACCACCCUGAGCAUUGCAUGAGUACCAUGAGUACAAUAUGUAAUGCAAUCUACAACAGAUAAUUCAAAGCAAGGGCAAGGAUGCGUAUAGUUAAGUAAUAAAUUAAAUUAGAAAAACAUAAAAUAAACACAUCUUGUAUAUAUCAAAUCAGUCUCUUUAAGGGCACAAGCAAUUAGCACCAAUAGAUAUACAUGGCAUUAAGCAAGAAUGCUGGAAGGAACAGUGAGUUCAACAGUGUAACAAAGAAAAUAUAAAUAAAGCACUUUCACAAAAAAUUUAGGGUUAGACGCAGAUAGUGUUACUAGUUACAUAAGUUCUAGUGAGACCUGCUGUUAAUAUACAGGCUAAGCAGAGCUUUUGCAGCACAAAUCACGGAAGGUGAAAUAUUAGAUAAGUCGAAUGUAU